AAAAAUGGCUGCCGGUUCUGAUCAUUCAUACAAGACAGUUCUUGCCCACAUCGGGAACAACCUAGAAACAGGGGAUGUUGCAAGCGCGAAGUUCAUCAUUGGCGAGAACAACAUGUUAUUUCCCGCCCGUGAACUGGAGACAGUGAACACAGGCCUAGAACUUAUGGCAUUGUUGGAGAAAAAGGGAUUUGUAUCAGAAACCAAUGUUACAGAUCUCUACACCCUGUUGAAGCAAAUUAAAUGCUCAUCGCUUUGUGCCGAACUAAAUCCUUUGAAGAAUAAGCUUACCCUUUGCAAGGACGCGAAAUGGAAGGUUGGUUACACAAGGGUUCCACAUUUCCUGAAAGUUAAAGGUUGUACCCUACUGGCCGAAAUCCUAACUACACAAAAUAGAGUUGUUCUUAUUGGUCCACCAGCAACAGGGAAAACUCAGUUGGCAUGCGAUUAUGCACAAGAUUUCUUCAAAACAAAUGGAGACUCGGUGAUACGGAAAUUAGAUUGCGAAGGUAAAACUGAACUCAUCAAAUCCAUGAUCGACCUCUUAGAUCGCCUUCAUAUGAAACCCGAAGGUACGAACGAAGGAAAAACGCGUUACAUGGAGGAAAUGGCGCAGAUGGUAUUGGACAAUUUGGGAGGUUCAAAGCAAGCUGGCAACACGCAUUUGCUUAUUUUUGACGACGUCGGGGAGUCCUGCAACGAAAUCGUUAGCAAGAUAUUGAAAAACUUCCAAGAAAAUUCAAGUAAUGUCAAGAUCAUCGCCACCAUGAAUGGGGAUAUUGACGUUGACUGUGAAACAAUGAAGGUUACUGGUUUACAGGACGAUGAAGUAGUUGACUUCUUCAAAUGUAACUCUGAUUACGACGGAACAGAGUCUGCUGUUUUGAAAGCCACGGACAAAGAAAUCAAAGAUUUAGCUCAACUCUUUGGAAACUCACCAUUUGGUUUGAUGCUUUCAAAACACUACAUACAAAAAUCAGGAAUGGACAUUUCCGACUUUACGGAUAUGCUAAAGAAGGAUGAAAGUUUUAUAGGUAACACAGAGGAACACGCCAUAAACAUUGCACAGUAUUACAACAAGCGUUUACUGGCAGCACACAGGAUAAUUCUGGAGAGAGUAGAAUCAAAACUCAACGAUGACGGCAAGAUACUGCUAUCUCUCAUUCCAUUUCUACAUCACGAAGCCAUCACAGUGAAAGUCCUGUCCAUACUCCUUCAGAGUGGAUCUAUAAAGGGCCACGAGUACGAAGACAGCAAUGUCAUAGAAAGACUACGAAAGUACGUACUUUGCGAUUUGAAGGGACUUGGAAAUGACAGGGUUAUAUCGAUACACGCUCUGACACAAUUAGCCCUUCUGAACCGCUUGUCUACAGAUGAAAGAGAUGAGCGCAUUGCCUUAUUACUGCAGUUCUUUGCCACGAACAUGACAAUGGACUACAGAUUACAAAUAUCCAUGGAUACAAAUAUUCUUUUCAUAGACCACGCUAUGAAGGUAUUGAGGAUGGCGGGAGAAAUCAGAAAUCCCUCCAACAAGAUUCGACUGCUACAGUGCUACGUAAGUACUCUAAUUGGUGUGACCUUUCGCAUAGGGGGAGUAGACAACUUCUUAGUCAACGACUAUCUGACGCAAGCUAGGGCGCUAUGCUUUGAGAUGAUUGGAGAAGAUAUGUCCAAUUUCGAAUUUGUGCAUUCGGGAGUAAAGGAUAGCGUGAAGCAUGGGAAAUGUGUUGAGCUUGUUGAAAAAUUGACAUCUCUUAAAGCGAAUAUUCCAGAGGAUUUCAUUCAGGAUUUAAUGACCUCAAUGAAGCGCCCAGACAAAGACAUGGAACACCUGAAAACGCGUGCCAAAGGUUUAUCAAGGUUUUCUUUCAAACACCAGCUCGAACCAGACCUGUAUACCGAGCUUGUAAAACAGGAGAUAGCAGUGCCAUUUGACAUUGUCCGUGAGUUCUUUUUUGUUGAACUUUUGAUUGUGAUACUUUACAACAAUGGACGCAAUCACUAUCUACAGAAAAGUAGACGUCGACAGUGUAUGGAAUUGUCAAUGAUGUUAGGAGAACACCUGAAAGAAAGAUGCCACCGUUUUCUUCCAGUGCAAUUUCUGAUAACCCAGAGGAAUGGUAUGUUGUUUAAAUUACUGAAGCUGGACCUACCAAACGCAUCAAAGGAACAAGAGGUGAUGGCCCUGGAUACUGCCGUUAAGAGGUACACAGCAAUGCUUCAGGACAAGAAAGAUUACUUCGAGUUCGGAGUGUUGAAACUAAGUAAAGUAUGCAAGAACUUUCAUCACAUAGCGAUGUGUCGGAAGUUCUUGCUUAAAUGCUACUGUCGCCUGUUCGAGUUACACACCAGUGCUGAAGACAAAAGGUUGGUGUAUGAUUCUGGCUUGGAAUGUGUCAAGAAACUAACAGACCUGAUGACAGAAAUGACGGCUUGGACCGCAAUACCGGGACUUCAUGUUCAGAUAGCAAAAUUCUAUUUGCUGGUUCCAUCUGAAAUCGAGAACUUUGUAGAUAAAGCCAUUCAACAUUUCCUAUCAGCGGAUUCGAUAGAGGAAGGCAAGGGAGUGGGUUUGUCGCAUUUCCGUCUCCAGGCAUUAUUUGGUUUGAUCGACUGCUAUUUUCAGAAACGUGACAAGAACAGUCUGAAAAGCGCUACCGAGAAAUGCAGAUUUCUUGUCAACACUCUCCAUUCAUCAAACUCGCAGGAAAGCCUGAAGAAAGCAAAGAGAAAGCUGGAUGAAGUCAUUGAAAUUGGCAGGGACGAGGGAAUGGAACUUUGAACAUUAUAUACAGACACAAACUACACAUUCCAGUGUUUUGCUCUCUGUGAAAGACUGUUCGCUACACUGACAUUCCAAUUCGAAACCGAUGUUGUGCCAAAGUUCUACAAUAAAGACCGUUUACUGUUUUGUAAACAUGUGAUCUAGAUGUGUUGAUGAACGAUAUACAUUUUUUGGUUUAAAUUAGGACAACAUAUCCGAUAUAAGAUUUGAUUCGUUAAUUGUGGAUAUCAGCGUAUUCUUAGUGUUUGAUCAACUAAAAUUCAUUUUAGCCACAGACGACGAAAUCAAAAAGGUGCUGUAAGACUUGAAACGAGAACAGCCACAUACUCAAAAUCAUUUUGAUGACAAUCAAAAUACUUUGCACGACACAUGGGAUUCGGGUGCACUGCGAAAUUUAACCCCCGCGAAUAUAUAUACUGAAUACGAAACCGCGAAAUAUUGACCCCGCUAUACAGUAUAAUCGACGGUAAAUAUCACGAACAUUUACAGUCACGGACAUGACAUCUUAUAACAAGAUUUGCAGGGUAUUUCUAAUAAUGUAGUUACGUCAUUUUGUAUUCCACAAGACUAGUCUCCUGCGGCGAGUGCAUAUAUUUUUGAAUUGUGAGAGCUGUCGGGGAAUCAGACUACUAAUUAAUAUAUAAGGUGUGAGACAAACGAUGUAAUUGGGGAUGCAACGUUUGGUUUUUGCCUGGGAACUGGUACACGUGCUAUUAAUGCCUUAAUGACGAAUUCUUUGGAUUUUGUAUUUUGUAACUUUGUACACUAAAAGAAGGUGUCGAUCGUUGUACAUUACAGUUUUGAGGAAAUCACAGGAGCUGCGUUAUCAGGCGCUAACUUCUAGUCAUGCGCCAAGUGGCUAAUAUCUCCCUAUGUGUUUAUGCCUGUGUGUG